AUGGCGGUUGAUCGAGGUACAUUGAUAUUCUUUAUCAUUAUGUUCAUCUUCUUGUCUCUACCCUCAGGCAAUGAACAGCCGCACUCUGACUUGGAGAGAGAUACCUUGCAGACGUACCAAUCGCAGCUAUCAGACGCCCUCGUGACACUAGAGGAAUCAGAGUACGCGUUGGGAUAUGGGAAUAUAACAGGGUACCAGUUGUCGUACGAAGACCACUUGAAAGAUAAAAAAGUUAAAGACUGGCCAAUUCACAAAUUUAGCAAGGACCAACCCUGGGUCGAAAACCAGGACUAUUCAAUUUUGCCCAAUGCAGUGAGCGACAAGGUGCGACAGUUUUGGGGAAAAGACUUUGCAAGCAAAGAGGGCAACGCUUACUUGUUGAAUAUUUCAGGGCGUGCCGAUGGAGUGUUUGAGCCUGUGAAGAAGAAAAAAGUCAAGGCAGUGGAGUACCCGAUCCCCACGUACUUGAAACACUAUUACGACUCAAGGACCAGUGCCAAUGAGGAUUAUAAUGAUGUGGAUGGGAGAUCAUCACAAGUCGCUGUAGAAAAUCACGAUUAUUCUCCUUCGUCUUCCUCCGCCUUGGUUUCAAAGGUGGGGAACAUCACCGCUGCAGAAGGGUUGAUUUCCAUCAUGGUCAAAGGGUUCCAGUAUAACUUCAACGAGCCUGAAUUUCAUGUCAUCAACGAAACCGACAGAAUUCUGACUGCAGUGGUUGCUACCAUAGAGUUGAACCUCAAGGACUACCUGGAGGUUGAAGACCAUCUGGUGGAUUUGAAAGGGGUUUACUUUCAAGAUACCGGCUCCUUGCUUGCUACUUCCAAUUCCGCGAAAUUUUUUGGCUCGUAUGGGCUCAGCCACUUGAGCAUGGAUGCGGAAAAAUUUGCUAUUGCCAAAACGCUUAUGCACCAAUUCAAUAAUGUCAAAAACGAUAAAGACGUUACCUUGGACGAUAUGAACCAAUCGAUUUUGAAAUCCUUGGACCAGUGCGAGUUUAUUGCUUAUUUGCAAUUUAACAAGACUGCAUUUACACACGACGAGCUUCGAUACGUGGACUCUGAGUUGAAAACCCCCACUGGCCGGCCACUACCACACGAAGUACCUCAAUUGUCAAUUGGGGAUUUCUUGGUCUACUCUCCGGACUGCGGCAUUGUGUUGAAAAAGAAACCCGACACCGUUUUCACCGGGAGAAGGUCCGAAGUGUUGCGUGCGCAGAUGAAAAAUGUGCUAACUGGUUUGUUGGUGUUGGUGUUUAUGCAGCUCUUUUUGAUUUUGAGGCAAGUGGGCGAAGCAAGAACACCGGGCCAGUUGUCGGUUAUCUCUAGCAAGACGUUGUUUUUGCUCGGAUUUGAGGAUUCAUUACUUGCAAUCAUGUCGUUGCUCCUUUCCACGGUGAGUGAGGAUUUGUAUCUUCUUUUGGCGUGUAUUGCUACGAUUGCCUUUAUGCUGUGCGGCAUAUUUGAGAUGAGGUUCAUGGUUAGUGUUUUGACGACGCAAGCAAACGAAACGGGAACCACAUGGUGGGAAAUAAUGAGAGGAGCGAGCCCCGUGCCGUUUAACUCUACUUCGAAUUCGGCUCCAAACACUGGCACCUCAGAAAACUCCGAGGGUCCCAUUCUCCCUAUUGCUAAUCCACCUCCACCACCACCUCCUCAAACUCAAGCUCAAGCUCAACAAGCAACACCACAAGCAGCAGACCCCGUUCCCAAUCAAGCCUGGCAGGAAACUUCCUACAGCAACUCGAUCUUUGCGUCCGGAUUCACACUUACAAUCAUAGCCAUGUUCUUGGUCUUUUCUUCUUUGAACUGGAGGUUGAGGUACAGAAUCGCAUUUGAAUAUGUCUGUUUGAUAUUCAUCAACUCGUUUUGGCUUCCGCAAUUUUUCCGCAACACAUUAAAGAAUCGAAGAAAAGCAUUUACCUGGCAGUUUGUUCUUGGAAGCAGCGCCAUCCGGGUGAUCCCCAUUUACUACUUUGCAUUGUACAAGGCGAACCCUUUAAGACACAGGUACGACCCCAUACUAUGCAUUGUUGUGACAAGCUGGCUCCUUUUGCAGAUUUUUUUGCUCUUUUUGCAAAAUACUCUUGGAGCUAGGUUUUGGAUCAACGAAAACUGGUUACCCAAGGCCUACGAUUACCAACAGGUGUUGACUUUGCGUAAUUUGCAAGAAGACGGCUUUUCUAUUGAUCUUUUGGCAAACUUUAAGCACAAAUCUUCCACCGAGAUUCAGAAUGGAGCAACAGCAGCAGCAGAUGCGAGACCAAACAUGUAUGUGGAAUGUGAAUGCACCUGUCCUAUUUGUAUGACGGAUGUUGCAUUGCCUAUAAUUGUAAAGGAUGACGUUGAAGAAAGCUCCAAAAGAAAGAACCAAAUUCUUCUGGGUGUCAAGAAGGACUACAUGAUCACGCCUUGUCACCAUAUCUUCCAUGUUGAGUGUUUGGAAAGUUGGAUGAAGUAUAAACUACAAUGCCCCGUAUGUAGAACUAGUCUACCGCCGAUAUAG